AUGCGGGAAGAUGGCGGUCCGGGAUCCGUGAGAGCAGCCGGUCGCCCCGUUCCCCGCGCGUCGGCGUUGGGAGCGCUCGGGCUCGUGGGGCCGUGGUGCGUGUGCUGGGCGGAGGGGCCGGCCUCGCAGAGCGUCGCCUCUGAGCAGGCUGUGGACCCGCUUCGUGCCGGAACCCCGAAAAUCGGCGUUUUGGGGGCCGCGCUCAAAUCGGGCGGGAGAAGGCGGGAGAGCUCGCGGGGUGCGAGGGGCGCGAGCCGCCCGGCUGGGCAGCAUGAGUCAGCAGCGGCCAGCGAGGAAAUUGCCCAGCCUGCUAGUGGACCCGGCUGAGGAGGCCGUGCGCCGCCGGUGUCGGGACCCCAUCAACGUGGAGAGCCUGCUGCCAUCAAAAAUAAGAAUUAAUUUAGAAGAUAAUGUACAAUAUGUGUCCAUGAGAAAAGCUCUAAAAGUGAAGAGACCUCGUUUUGAUGUAUCACUGGUGUAUUUAACCAGAAAAUUUAUGGAUCUUGUCAGAUCUGCUCCUGGGGGUAUUCUUGACUUAAACAAGGUUGCUACAAAACUGGGAGUACGGAAACGAAGAGUGUAUGAUAUCACCAACGUCUUAGAUGGAAUCGACCUCGUUGAAAAAAAAUCUAAGAACCAUAUUCGAUGGAUAGGAUCUGAUCUUAGCAAUUUUGGAGCAGUACCCCAACAAAAGAAGCUACAGGAGGAACUUUCUGACUUAUCAGCAAUGGAAGACGCUUUGGAUGAGUUAAUUAAGGAUUGUGCUCAGCAGUUAUUUGAAUUAACAGAUGAUAAAGAAAAUGAAAGGCUAGCCUAUGUAACAUAUCAAGAUAUUCAUAGUAUUCAAGCCUUCCAUGAACAGAUCGUUAUUGCAGUGAAAGCUCCAGCAGAAACCAGAUUGGAUGUUCCAGCUCCCAGAGAAGAUUCCAUCACAGUACAUAUAAGGAGCACCAAUGGGCCUAUCGAUGUCUACUUGUGUGAAGUGGAGCAAGGCCACUCAGCUCACAAAAAGUCUGAAGGUGUCACCUCUUCACCUGAGGACAGACAUCCAGAACGCUCCGAGGAAGAAGAAAAUCCUCAGCAAACUGAAGAAUUGCUUGAAGUAAGCAACUAAUAGCAUUUCAGAACUCAUGUAUUGAGUUUUUGUGGAGAACAUCCUUCAUGGGUGGAUCAUGCAUCAGUCUGAUUCUCAGAGCAAUAACUUGUCCCUGCAGUCUCCUUCUCUGCUAGCAACAUUAAGGAUGGUAGUAUAUUGAGUAGUUCACUACUUAGAUAAUUAUGGUUUCCAAAUUUGAAAACAGCUGUUCUUAUAAUUAUUCACUGCUUUCGGUCAGCAAAAUAGUCAUCUUACACCUGAAAUAACUUCAUCACAAAGAGUAUCAUGAAAACAGAUGGGUCAGGCCUGAAAUGGACAGUUCUUCAUGGACUUGACCCUUUCCUGCAAGGAUUAUAUUGUGUAUUACAAAAGAAAUUGCCUUACACUGGUUCAUGUUUGCAGUUAACUGUUGUACACUGGAUAGCUGUACACACAAGUCGAAAUGUGAUGUCUAUGUAUAUAUCUGUAUAAUGUUUAGAUUACUUGUAAAAUAUGUCUAAGGGGUACUUUUUACCCUUGUACAGCCAAAAUAAUGUAUAUAUGGAAAGUGACAGACAAAUGCUCUAAUUUCCUUGGUAUCUAUAACUUAUUAGAAUCCUCUGGAUGAGGGUUAGAAGAGAGUUUUUCCAAACUUCUACAUGUAGAAGUAUCAUAAAUGUGCUGUACAUUUACAUUCAUAGAUUAAAUUAAAGUAUUUUAAUAAGGUUCCCAGUGCUGAACUUGGAAUUGGAUACAUCUUGUCUUUAAGCUGUCUGUAGCAUUGUAUGUCCCAGCAGAUUGCUGGCAUGCCCCAAGGCUUUGGGGACAAGUACAGAGAAGCCAUCAGGUAGCAAUGUGAUUCAUUACGAGAUAUGAAUGCAAUCAUGGUGAAAACUGGGAACUAUUUUAAGUUUUUUGUGAGCAGAUUUUUGUAAUAUGUUCUGUAUGCAGCCUUGCUCUCCAAUCAAAGGGGUUUUACAUAUCACACGUUGUGCCCUGCCCUCUCUCCAGCCAGCUGUAGUCCCACAUUUCCAUGUUCCUAGCUAUUUCUACCUCAUUGGGUAAGUCAUUUACCACUCUGUGCCUCAGUUUACUCUGUAGUUUACCAUUAGACUGUGAGCUCCUUGAGGAACUUUGUUGUAAUCAUUGUUAUAUCCCAGCGCCUUGCACCAUGCCUGGCCCAUAAAAAGUGCUUAAUAAAUAUUUGAACAAA